GACAAGGUUCCUCGCGCUGAGGACAAGGUUCCUGGCGCUGAGGACAAGGUUCCUGGCGAUGAGGACAAGGUUCCUGGCGAUGAGGACAAGGUUCCUGGCGCUGAGGACAAGGUUCCUGGCGCUGAGGAGAAGGUCCCUGGCGCUGAGGACAAGGUUCCUGGCGCUGAGGACAAGGUUCCCGGCGAUGAGGACAAGGUUCCUCGCGCUGAGGACAAGGUUCCUCGCGCUGAGCACAUGGUUCCUGGCGCUGAGGACAAGGUUCCUGGACUGAGGACAAGGUUCCUGACGCUGAGGACAAGGUUCCUGGACUGAGGACAAGGUUCCUGACGCUGAGGACAAGGUUCCUGGCGCUGAGGACAAGGUUCCUGGCGCUGAGAACAAGGUUCCUGGCGCUGAAGACAAGGUUCCUGGCGCUGAGGACAAGGUUCCUGGCGCUGAGGACAAGGUUCCUGGCACUGAGAACAAGGUUCCUGGCGCUGAGGACAAGGUCCCUGGCGCUGAGGACAAGGUUCCUGGCGCUGAGGACAAGGUUCCUGGCGAUGAGGACAAGGUUCCUGGCGCUGAGGACAAGGUUCCUGGCGAUGAGGACAAGGUUCCUGGCGCUGAAGACAAGGUUCCUGGCGCUGAGGACAAGGUUCCUCGCGCUGAGGACAAGGUUCCUGGCGCUGAGGACAAGGUUCCUGGCGCUGAGGACAUGGUUCCUGGCGCUGAGGACAAGGUUCCUGGACUGAGGACAAGGUUCCUGACGCUGAGGACAAGGAUCCUGGCGCUGAGGACAAGGUUCCUGGCGAUGAGGACAUGGUUUCUGGCGCUGAGGACAAGGUUCCUGGACUGACGACAAGGUUCCUGACGCUGAGGACAAGGUUCCUGGCGCUGAGGACAAGGUUCCUGGCGAUGAGGACAAGGUUCCUGACGCUGAGGACAAGGCUCCUGGCGCUGAGGACAAGGUUCCUGGCGAUGAGGACAUGGUUCCUGGCGCUGAGGACAAGGUUCCUGGACUGACGACAAGGUUCCUGACGCUGAGGACAAGGUUCCUGGCGAUGAGGACAAGGUUCCUGGCGCUGAGGACAAGGUUCCCGGCGAUGAGGACAAGGUUCCUCGCGCUGAGGACAAGGUUCCUCGCGCUGAGCACAUGGUUCCUGGCGCUGAGGACAAGGUUCCUGGACUGA